AUUCAUUGCUAACUAACAGUACUUCCAAAUAUCUAAUAGUGAAUUGAAGAUAUGGCUGAAUCUCUCCUUCAAAUUCUGUUAGAGAAUCUGACUUCUUUCAUCCAAGGGGAAGUUGGAUUGAUUCUUGGUUUUAAGGACGAAUUCGAAACGCUUCAAAGAACGUUUACGAUGAUCCAAGCUGUGCUUGAACAUGCUCAGGAGAAGCAACUGAAGGACAAACCAAUUGAAAACUGGCUGCAGAAUCUCAAUGUUGCUGCAUAUGAAGCUGAUGACAUCUUGGAUGAAUGUAAAACUGAGUCAGCAAGACUCAAACAGACUAAAUAUGGGAGUUAUCAUCCAAAGGCUAUCGCUUUCCGUUACAAAAUUGGGAAAAAGAUGAAAAACAUUAUGAAGAAACUAGAUGCAAUUGCUGCGGAUCGAAUCAAGUUUCAUUUGGAAAUAAGGCCUAUAGAGAGACAAGCUGCUAGACCUCAAACAGGUUCUGUAUUAACUGAAAAACAAGUUUAUGGGAGGGGCAAAGAGGAAGAUGAGAUAGUGAAAAUCUUGAUAAACAAUGCCCAACAACUUUCAGUCCUCCCAAUACUUGGUUUGGGGGGACUAGGAAAGACUACUCUUGCCCAAAUGGUCUUCCAUGAUCCGAGAGUAACUGACCAUUUCCAUCCCAAAAUAUGGAUUUGUGUCUCAGAAGAUUUUGAUGAGAAGAGAUUGAUAAAGGCAAUCGUAGAAUCUAUUGAAGGAACGUCACUCAGUGACAUGGACUUGGAUCCACUUCAAAAGAAGCUUCAGAAGUUGCUGAACGGAAAAAGAUACUUGCUUGUCUUAGAUGAUGUUUGGAAUGAAGAUCGACAUAAGUGGGAUAACUUAAAAGCAGUCUUAAAGGUUGGAGCACAAGGUGCUUCUGUUCUGGUCACUACUCGUCUUGAAAGGGUUGGAUCAAUUAUGGGAACUUUGCAACCAUAUAAAUUGUCAAAUCUGUCUCAAGAAGAUUGUUGCUCGUUGUUUAUGCAACGUGCAUUUGGACAGCAAGAAGAAAUGAAUCCUAACCUUGUGGCUAUCGGAAAGGAGAUUGUGAAAAAAAGUGGUGGUGUGCCUCUAGCAGCCAAGACUCUUGGAGGUCUUUUGCGCUUCGAGAGAAAAGAAAGACUAUGGGAACAUGUAAGGGAUAGUGAGAUUUGCAAUUUGCGUCAAGAUAAUAGUUCUAUUAUGCCUGCCCUGAAGCUUAGUUAUCAUCAUCUUCCACUUGAUUUGAGACAAUGCUUUGCAUAUUGUGCAGUAUUUCCAAAAGACACCGAAAUGGAAAAAGAAAAGAUAAUCUCCCUCUGGAUGGCGCAUGGUUUUCUUUUAUCAAAAGGAAACAUGGAGCUAGAGGAUGUAGGUAAUGAAGUAUGGGAAGAAUUAUACUUGAGGUCUUUUUUCCAAGAGAUUGAAGUUAGAUCUGGCAAAACUUAUUUCAAGAUGCAUGAUCUCAUCCAUGAUUUGGCUACAUCUCUGUUUUCGGCAAGAGCAUCAAGCAGCAAUAUCCGUGAAAUAAAUGUAAAAAUAUACUCACAUAUGAUGUCCAUUGGUUUUGCUGCAGUGGAGUCUUCCUACUCUCAUUUGCUCGUGGAGAACUUUGUCUCGUUGAGGGUUCUUAAUCUGAAUUACUUAGAAAAGCAGUUACCGUCUUCCAUUGGAGAUCUAGUACAUUUAAGAUACCUGGACCUCUCUUACAAUACAGAAAUGCGUAGUCUUCCAAAGCAGUUAUGCAAGCUUCAAAAUUUGCAGACUCUUGCUCUACAGUAUUGCACCUCACUUUGUUGUUUGCCAAAAGAAACAAGUAAACUUGGUAGUCUCCGAAAUCUUUUACUUGAUGGUUGCAUUAAAUUGAAUUCUAUGCCACCAAGGAUAGGAUCUUUGACAUGCCUUAAGACUCUAGGUUUCUAUUUUGUGGGAAGGAAGAAAGGUUUUCAACUUGGGGAACUACGAAACCUGAAUCUCUAUGGCUCAAUUGAAAUCAGCCAUCUUGAGAGAGUGAAGAAUGAUAAGGAUGCAAAAGAAGCCAAUUUAUCUGCAAAAGAGAAUCUGCAAUCUUUAAGCAUGAGUUGGGAUAAGUAUGAACCACGUAGAUAUGAAUCAGAAGAAGUUAGAGUGAUUGAAGCCCUCAAACCACACCCCAAUCUGACUUCUUUAACAAUCAGCGGCUUCAAAGGAUUCCGUUUCCCUGAGUGGAUGAAUCACUCAGUUUUGAGAAAUGUUGUCUCCAUUACAAUUAAGGGUUGCACAAACUGCUCAUGCUUACCACCCUUUGGUGAGCUGUCUUGUCUAGAAAGUCUGGAGUUAUGGAAUGGGUGUGUGGAGUAUGUUGAUGUUGAUGUUGGUUCUGGGAGGUUUCCAUCCUUGAGGAAACUUGUUAUAUGGGACUUUAGUAAUCUAAAAGGAUUGCUGAAAAAGGAAGGAGAAAAGCAAUUCCCUGUGCUUGAAGAGAUGACAUUUUACAGUUGCCCUAUUUUGAGGUCCAUAUCUAAUCUUAGUGCUCUUACUUCCCUUUACAUAAGCGAUUACGUAGGAGCUACUUCACUCCCAGAAGAGAUGUUCAAAAGCCUUGCAAAUCUCAAAUACUUGGAAAUCUCUUCCUUUAUUAAUCUCAAAGAGCUGCCUACCAGCCUGGCUAGUCUCAAUGCUUUGAAGAGUCUCCAAUUUGAAUAUUGUGACGCACUAGAGAGUCUCUCAGAGGAAGGGGUGAAAGGUUUAACUUCACUCACCGAGUUGUCUAUCGGUUACUGUAAGAUGCUAAAAUGUUUACCGGAGGAAUUGCAGCACCUAACAGCCCUCACAACUUUAACAAUUAGUGAGUGUCCAACACUGGCCAAGCGGUGUGAGGAGGGAAUAGGAGAAGACUGGCACAAAAUUGCACACAUUCCGUAUCUGCAUAUUCGUAACUAA